UCUUCCCCAUUCCACCAGGUACUCAGAACACCCAAGAAGCCCGCAAUUACGCGGGUACUCGAUCCCGGGCUUACGUAAUGGUAGUUGGGAAAGGGAGUGGUGAUCUUCAUGCGGGCUACCCUUGGAUUUGAGCAGGAAAUUAUGCGUGAAGCUUCUGAGACCCUCUCCGAUGCCGAGAAUGCCGCGUACGAGCAUCAACGACGCGCCCACCGUACUCAUUCGUACCAAUCUCCCAUCUUUCCGCCUGGUACUGAGUAUGCAGUUUGUCUGGCUGAGGCGCAAUUGAUGAGCGCGAUUGUGGGGGUCUUGAAUGAGAGUUUGACGGAGGCGAUCAAGAGCUUCUAUAAACUGAGGAAGGCGUACUUGACACUGGAGGGUGUUAUGGAUGCUGAGAGGAAGUUCUUAAGAGAGAGGAGUGUGAGCUCUUUGAAUUCGACAAGGUCCGAGAAUUCGACGAGUCCGACACAGGGUGGGAGCCCUCUCACGGUUCCUAAGCUUGGACAGUCUGCAGCAGGAUCUUCUACGAGUCUAUGCAAAGAAGUUAAGGAGGAGGCGAAGACGGAUGUUAACGAAGAGAAAGGGAAAGGAGGCGGAGAUGAGGACGGCGAAGACUUCGACUUCGUUGAUGCUGAUGAAGAACGCCAGGACCUCGAGACUCCAGUUGAGUAUAGGGGACAUCUGGGGAUACCAACGGAAAAGGGAGAAACAGUUGACAUGGACACCGUAAAACGGGACCUCGACCUCAAAUCCAGUGCCGCACCUAAUUUACCCUCCGAACCGUCUGAUUCAGUCCCGGACCCCGGAGAAGACUUCGCCGGGCUCACUGCCUCAGACACUAUCCAAGCAAGCGAUGAUUUAGCUCUAUACGGAGAUCACCCCGUAGACGUAUUCAUCAUCUCCGGUGCCAAUUUCUGCUUCGGCAUCCUUCUUUUAUUAAUAUCUCUUGUCCCACCAGCUUUCGCAACACUGUUGAAAAUCGUAGGCUUUAAGGGCGAUCGUGAACGCGGUAUUCAAAUGCUGUGGCAAGCCACCAAAUUCCACAACAUCCACGGCGCGCUGGCAGGCCUUGUUCUCUUCGGCUUCUACAACGGUCUGGCUGGAUUCUGCGACAUCAUUCCCCAACGAGGCGAAGGUUCGUACCCGAAGGAACGGUGUAAAGUGCUGUUAGUGGAGAUGAGGAAGAGGUACCCUAGGUCCCAUCUCUUGCUUCUCGAAGAAGCGCGUAUGCUGGCGAGUGAGAAGGAACUCGAAGAUGCGGUUGACUUCAUGGCUAAAUCGUCCGAGUCCCCGCUAAAGCAGCUGGAAGCGUUACGCUGGUUUGAGAUGAGUCUAAAUGCAAUGAAUCUGCAUGAUUACGAGGGCACGUCCACGGCGUUUCAGACAUGCAUCAAACUGAACAACUGGAGUCACGGAUUGUACUACUACAUCAGCGGCGCCGCGCACGUAGAAUUAUACCGUCGCAACAAGACUGCGAAUCCAGACAAGGCAAAAGAGGAGAAAGCCAAAGCCGAAGACCUCUUCAAGAAAGUCGUGCCCAACACCGGCAGGAAGAAAUUCAUGGCGCGCCAACUCCCUUUUGACGUCUUCGUGACCCGCAAGAUCCAGAAAUGGGAGCAGAGAGCUAAGGACUGGGACUGCGAAUUGAUCGAUGCCGUAGGUGUUAGCCCUAUAGAGGAAAUGAUAUAUUUCUGGAACGGGCUUAAGAGGAUGAAAACGAGACAUCUGCAAACCUCUCUCGAUAAUCUCGCGUGGAGCGAAUCCGAGCAAAACCCCUAUUGGGAGAAAGAAGGGCUGGAUGAAAAAGGGAUUCUGGCCUUGUUGCGUGCGGCUACGUUACGUAGUAUGAACAAUACGGAUAAGGCGAAAAUGGUCCUCAAGGAAGAGAUCCUCGCCCAUGACAAGACGCUGUUCAAGGGACACUUGAAGGAUUCGUGGACGGCUCCAUGUGCAAGAUACGAGAUGGCAGCGAAUCUUUGGAGGGAGGUGGAUAGGGAUGCGAUGCCGGAGAGUGAUAAGGAGAAGUUGGAGGAAUGUAGGGUUUGGUUGGACGAGGUUGGGAGGUGGGAGAGUUAUGAUUUGGAUGCCAGGAUUGGGAUGAAGGUUACGACGGCGAAAGCCACACUUAAGAGGUAUGGUGUUGAGAGUUGAUAGCUGGAUAGAAGUAUUUUGCCAGGUAUCCCGAUUGAUUACGUGGGAAAGCAGGCUUUUUAAUACAAUCGAAUAGAAAUAUAGAGUUUCGGCACUUUCUUGAUUAUUAC